CCCAAAAGUCCCACAGUGACUCUUAGAACAUUCACCUUUGAGGAAACCAAGAACGACUCGCAUGAGUCGCUGAGUGUGUCCAUUCCUGAGGUUAUUGACUGUGCGGCCAGGUGUUGGACGCGCAAUAUGGCAUGUACGUGUGGCCCAGUGCAGUGGUGUUGGCUCAGUACAUCUGGAGCAGAAGAGCUGACGUGAAGGACAAGACCGUGCUGGAGCUGGGUGCAGGUGUGAGUCUUCCAGGCGUGCUGGCAUCCCGCUGUGGCGCCAAGGUCAUCCUGUCUGAUAAUGCCGACGCGCCGGCGUGCUUGGAAAACUGCAGACGCAGCUGUGAGGCCAAUGGUCUGCAUGACGUGUUAACAGUGCCUCUCACCUGGGGGGAAGUCUCCCCCGACCUGCUCCAGCUUCCACCACUCCACCUCAUCUUGGCGUCCGACGUUUUUUACGAGCCUCGGGACUUUGAAGACGUCCUGGUCACCGUGGUUUUUCUUCUGCGAAAGAACCCCAGCGCUCAAUUUUGGGUGACAUACCAAGAACGAAGUGCCGAUUGGAGCAUUGAGGCGCUGCUGCACAGGUGGAAGCUGGCCUGUGUGGACGUUGAUCUGGAGACAUUUGACGCCAAUACAUCUGAAUUGGCUGGAUCCAAUUUACCCGGCAACCACAGUAUUCAGAUGAUGAUUGUGACGCUCAAGACGGACAAGGACACAUGAAAGGCCACGUCCAUGUUUUUCCCCUUAGCAGAAAGUAACAAUGACAGCAAAUGGAAGGAAACAAAAGCCAAGCGGGUGCACCGUUUGGUUUUCAUCUAUGGAGCUUUGUUGGAUAUGUUGGAGAGGACGACAAAGCAAAGGUGUCCAUCAAAUGCAAAACGUCCCUUUCCGACAAGUUCAUGUCAAGUCGAUUUUGUUUCUAUAACCCUCAUUCAUGGGGAAAAUCUCUAAGGGUUUCACAUGUCCACAGUUGACAAAUAAUGACAUCCGUUGAUCUUUUAGCCUCCAGGAGGGCAAGGAAAAAUUUCCCCCCCAAAAACAUCUGGGGAGGGGGGAGAUGAGAAACCUUGACGGGGGUGAAGAUGGGAGAAUCCCCCUUCUAUGAUGACCAGGCUGCAAUGGCUGCUAAGUGGGCAACAUUUAACUUAAUAUGGUGCACAAUGUCAGUGAGAAUAAUAUUGUAUUAUUAUAAUCAUUCUAUAUGUACACUGCUGAGUGCAUUUGUUUCUUGCUCCCCCCCCCCUUUGAAUGAUGAAAAAGAUGACAUAAAGGUUGAUUUUGAAAUCACAAUUGAUUUGUGUCAUACAAUUAAAAUAUCCUCAAUUUUCCAGCAAUUUAAUUGCAGCCUUAAAGAAGCGUGGAAUUGCCAGUGUGAAGUUAACAUUUUUUGACCGUCAAACUCAUUCGAACGCAUUCAAAUCCGGUCGAACGAGUUUGCCUUUUAAAGGCAGUUCCAUGCUUCCGUUAUCUAGGUUGGGAAUUGUAAUACAUUGAGAACACGGAAUGUAAAUGGCUAAAUUGCGGUGCUUUUCUAUUGUUUCCUUUUUUGUCGACUUGUCUUCCCACGGACUUGCUGCACAAACACAAUAGUUUCUCUCGCAUGGAGAGUUUUAUCAAUUGCAUUGUGUGCAUUAAAAGAAUAAAAAAAGUU